AGCAUUUCCCCUCCCCAUCAGAUUCAUCCGUUGCUCUGUAAAUCCAGCCGUCGGGCUCAGAGCCAUUCGCUACCAAAAACCCCAAACAAACAUUAGCCAAAGAUGGCCACUGUACUGGAAUCCCUCGUGGUUCCUCGCUCCUCCACUGUCCCUUCGUCUGCUCUAUCGCCGGUCGCUGCGUCACUCUCUGGGCGCCGCAACUGCGUCAGGUUGCCCGAGUUCAGAGGCCUCAAGAUCCAACUCAGUUCCAGCUCUCGGUCUCUUGUAUCAUCGAGUGUGAGUUCUGGACCCGUUCGUCGGGGAGGACGAAUCGUUUGCGAGGCCCAGGACACUGCUGUUGACGUACCGGCUGUGACCGACUCAACAUGGCAGUCGCUUGUCCUUGAGCCUGAACUCCCUGUUCUAGUUGAAUUUUGGGCUCCAUGGUGUGGGCCGUGUCGAAUGAUCCACCCUGUUAUUGAUGAACUAUCAAAGCAGUACGCAGGGAAGCUCAAAUGCUACAAGGUGAACACUGAUGAGAGCCCUUCGAUUGCAACACGAUAUGGGAUUCGAAGCAUCCCAACCGUCAUGAUCUUUAAAAGUGGUGAAAAGAAAGAUGCAGUUAUUGGUGCUGUUCCCAAAACCACACUCACUACGAGUAUAGAGAAAUUCUUGUAGAUUUGGGUAGUAAAUGCCAAAGUUAUUUAGUAUUGUUUCCUCUCACUAGCCUCUAAAGUUGCAGUAUGCAUGCUAUACUGCUACGGUGAACCCUAUAUGUUUUCAUGUAUAGUUAUUGGUUACUGUUGUAUUUUCAGCUUCUUUUUAAGUUAACAUUAGUGAACAUUUGUUAACAUAAA